CGCUCGCGUUUCGUCGGUUGCGUCACAAAUGCCAGGCAAAAGGCCAGACAUCCUUCCCAGCCCCUGUUUAUAAAGAGAGUGCAGAAUCAGUUUUUGUCCAUUUACCAGAGUCCCUCAAUAUGAGCAAUCGAUUCCUACUCUCAGCUCUCAUCUUCUUCUUCUUCUUCUUCUUCACAAUCCUAAGCCUUUCAUAUGCUAGUGAAACAGGACCCGUCUCAAGAAUCCCAGAAAGUCGUGAACUUUCCGUCCAAACUCAUCAAUGGAGGCACACCCAGAUGACGAAAUCUCAGGAGACCCGUAUCAAGUUCAUGUCUUUUUCACCUCCAAUGGUGCAAGCGGCUGUCUUGUGCUUCGUCGCAGCUGCUAUUUCGAGCGCGGGUGGGAUUGGCGGAGGUGGGCUUUACAUACCAAUUCUAGCUAUAAUUGCAGGCCUUGAGCUCAAGACAGCCUCGAGCUUCUCAGCUUUCAUGGUUACCGGGGGUUCAGUGGCGAAUGUCAUCUGCAACUUGAUCAUCAAGAACCCCAAGUUUGGCGACAAGUGCUUGAUCGACUAUGACAUUGCACUCCUCUCCGAGCCAUGCAUGUUGUUGGGAGUGAGUAUUGGGGUCAUAUGCAAUGUUGUCUUCCCUGAGUGGCUCAUCACUGUUCUAUUUGCAGUCUUUCUUGCUUGGUCCACCUUCAAGACCUGCAAAAAUGGGGUCUUGUAUUGGAAAUUGGAGUCAGAGGAAGGGAGAGAGAUAGUGCACUUGGAAAAUGGGUCGGGGCGAGAUGGGGGUUUUGGUGGGUCAGAGGAAGCCAAAAUUGCAAAAGAGCCUCUUUUGCGUGUUGAACCAAAAUGUCAAGAGAAGUUGCCAUGGAUGAAAUUGGGGGUCUUGAUUCUGGUCUGGUUUUCGUUCUUCUUCGUGUAUGUUCUUCGUGGAAAUCGAUAUGGACAGAGUAUCGUCCCAAUUGAGCCCUGUGGUACAGGAUAUUGGAUACUCUCAUCCAUUCAGAUUCCACUAGCUGUGGCCUUUACUUCGUGGAUCCUUUUGAGGAAAGAAAGCGUCUGUCAUCGAGUUUCAAGCCAGCAGGACAUUGAUGACCCGAACAGAGAAGGACCCGCCAACAGGAUUAUUUUUCCGAUAAUGGCACUCUUAGCUGGACUUCUGGGCGGAAUUUUCGGAAUAGGUGGUGGAAUGCUUAUAAGCCCACUCCUCCUGCAAGUGGGAAUUGGCCCUGAGGUUACAGCAGCGACUUGCUCGUUCAUGGUUUUCUUCUCAUCCACGAUGUCGGCGCUCCAGUAUAUCCUAUUGGGGAUGGAGCAUACAGAGACCGCCCUGAUAUUUUCCUUUAUCUGCUUCGUCGCGUCACUUGUGGGAAUAAUUGUGGUUCAGAGGGCCAUAAGAGAAUAUGGGAGGGCGUCGCUCAUCGUGUUCUCCGUCAGCAUUGUGAUGGGAUUGAGUACGGUUCUCAUCACCGGGUUUGGAGCUGUUGAGGUCUGGAACGACUACGUUUCAGGCAAGUAUAUGGGAUUCAAACCUCCCUGUUGACUGACUCACUCUAGCGCAGCACGGAAUUUUAGCUGAAGCGCACACGCUGAAAAUUUUAGAAACAGCUCGUUUCUCUUCAACUAAUAUGGAAUGGGGAGAGGUACGCAUGCUGUCCACGAACUCACGUAAUAGCCUGUCCCAUUUGUGGGAUCAGGGCAACAUAUUUGAACAUGUCUCUCUACAGGAGAUUGUUCCGACA